AUGGUACGCCCACAUGACCAGGCAGGACAAGAUGGACAUCCCGCUUCGUCGUCGCUGAUCGGUUCUCUCUUCUCUGGAUUUCGAGGCGAGGCCGGCGACGAGGCAGACGAGCCACUGCGGCUGUCGAACGGCGAUGAUGAUCGUCAUAGCUGGACCGAGGAUGCCUCAGAUCUGCUUGAUGAGAGCGCGGUGGACGACGAUAUGGAAGAUGCUCUGCUGGAUGAUGCGAGUGACCGUUCGAGCCGGAGUAGUGUGCCGCGUGGCUCGCCGACGCACCACUUUGUCCCCAACUUUUUCGAUGUUGAUCCUUUCCCUGAAGAGCGUGUCGACGGACAAGAGGAGAGCACGGCGCCUCCAUUUGAUGAUCCGGCCAUGCCGCCCAAACCUGUGCACCUGCGCGAUUACCCGGGUCUGACGGAGAGCCUGCUCGAAGACAACGCAGACACUCCCCGUGGUCUCCUUGGGGCGGCAGAGGAGCCGCCCAGUGUGUGGCUUGACAAGACGUGUCGGAGCAAGCAGCAGAUCUAUCUGAUCGAUGAGGACACGCUCAUUCGCGUGUCGGGCUACAAAACGCGCCCGGGCCGUUAUAUCGCAUUCAUCGUGGCCUGCGUUCUCACAUUGGGGCUGGUCGGCCUGCUCUCGUUGUGGUUCCCGCGGUGGCGCAUGCGCUACAUAUGGGAGGCCUCUGAUUUUGCCGACGCCGAGUUCGUCAUGGUCGAGAAUCAGUAUGGUGAUUUAUCGCAAGAGUCAUUCAUUAGCGUGCCCUUUGCGCGCCCCCUUAGCUCAGUGUUUCCGCCUAGUUCGUGCGAUCCGCCGUGCACACACGCACAGGCCCAGGCGAUGAUGCAUGGCGAGGUCAGCAAUGAGCCCGCAGCGCAGGAGGCUGAAACGCUGGUGGACUUGAUCCUAUUCGAGUACAGGUACCAGCGUUUCCUGCUACACCCUCCGAGUGGACGCUUCCGCACGAUCCAGGACUGGCGCGACACAGCGUGGACUUCGACACAUACAAUGCGCCAAGGCAUCAUGAGCGACCUGGAGCGGGAGCGCCAGGUGUUCUUCGGUCCGAACGUGAUUGAAAUUGCCGGCAAGUCAACAGCUGAGCUGCUUGUGGGCGAAGUCCUGCACCCUUUCUACAUGUUUCAGCUUGUAUCCAUUGUGUUAUGGAGCUUGGACGACUAUUUCUACUAUGCGUUUUGCAUUGCGGCCAUGUCCGUGGGCAGCAUCUUGUCGACCCUUGUCGAGACGAAAAAGACGAUUGCGCGCAUGCGCGAAAUGAACCGCUUUGUGUGCGCGGUGCGUGUGCUGCGUGACGGCGCUUGGGUAUGGGCCGACAGCAGUGAGCUCGUGCCUGGCGACGUGUAUGAUGCCUCAGACGCUGGCCUUUCGGUCCUGCCUGCCGACAGUGUGCUGCUAUCGGGCGAUGCCAUUGUCAACGAGAGUAUGCUUACGGGCGAGAGCGUUCCGAUCAGCAAGCAGCCGCUGGACGACCGGGUCGUGCAGACGCUGAAGACGACGCACUCGGACCUCGCCACGCAUCUAGCCAAGCACUUUCUCUUUGCGGGAACCAAGGUGGUCCGCAUCCGUCCUGUGCUGGGUGGGAAUGGUACGGACGAGGCGGUCGCCAAGGCUAUGGUUGUCCGCACUGGGUUUAAUACGACCAAGGGCUCGCUGGUGCGUGGUAUGCUGUUCCCCAAGCCGAUGGGCUUCAAGUUCUACCGCGAUUCGUUCCGGUUCAUUGGGUUCCUCGGGUGCAUUGCACUGGUUGGCCUGUGUUUCAACACGGUCAAGUUCGUCCAGCUCGGCAUUGCCUGGAGCACACUCAUCAUCCGCGUCCUCGAUUUGGUGACGGUAGUGGUGCCGCCAGCACUCCCUGCCACAAUGAGUAUUGGUACAGCCUUUGCCAUUGCGCGGCUGCGCCAGCGGGGCGUCUUUUGCAUUUCGCCAACCCGCGUGAAUAUGGGCGGCAAAGUGAAUGUCGUGUGCUUCGACAAGACAGGGACCCUCACCGAGGAUGGACUCGAUGUGCUAGGUGCGCGCACUGUGGACCCUACGACCGGCCAAUUUAGCGAGCUGCACCAGACGGUCGACGAGAUUCCUACGACGGAGCAGGGUCCACUGCCACUACUACAUGCGCUAACGACGUGCCACAACCUCAAGGUCGUUGACGGCGAGGUCAUUGGCGAUCCUCUGGACGUGAAGAUGUUCGAGUACACGCACUGGCACAUCGAUGAGGGCGAGGGAUUGGACGCAGUGCAUGCAUUACAUGGCAGGGAGCGUCCGCCGGCGCUGGUGCAGACGGUCGUGCGCCCCCCCGGCGGGCCCGCUUUUGAUGCAGCGCAGGCAUACGACGAGGCGCCCCACUUCCUCGAGUUGGGCGUCAUCCGCACAUUCGAGUUUGUCUCGGCACUUCGGCGCAUGAGUGUCAUUGUCAAGCAGCUGCACUCGUCGUCGAUGGAGAUCUUUGUCAAGGGUGCGCCCGAAGCACUGGUCGACAUCUGCGACAGGUCCUCGCUGCCAGCCGACUUUGAUGACCUCCUAUCGUAUUACACCCAGCACGGCUAUCGCGUCAUUGCCUGUGCCGGCAAGAGCCUUACAGGCCUGGGCUGGGUCGAGGCACAGCGCAUGACUCGUGCGGAGGCGGAGAGCGACCUGCAGUUCCUUGGCUUGAUUGUGUUUGAGAACAAACUCAAGGCGGGCUCGGCGCCGGCGAUUUCCACGCUGCGCCAUGCGCACAUUGGAUGCAAGAUGGUCACGGGCGACAAUCCGCGCACGGCCGUAAGUGUGGCGCGUGAGUGCGGGAUCCUUGGCCCGUCCACGACCGUGUUUCUACCCACUUUUGCCCAUGGCUCACCCGAGCAGCCGAACGAUGUGGUGCUUGACUGGACCAGCACGGAUGACGAGGGUAUAAAGCUUCAUCCUGAUACGCUCAAGCCCCUGGAUCGAGACCCCAUGCAAGUCGACCUGCUUGACUACGAGCUGGCGGUCACCGGCGACGUGUUCCGCUGGAUGACCGAUUAUGCACCGAUUGAGCUUGUGCGGCGCAUGCUUAUCAAAGGCACCAUCUUCGCGCGCAUGUCGCCAGACGAGAAGCACGACCUGGUCAACCGGCUGCAGGAGCUCGGAUACACGGUCGGUAUGUGCGGAGACGGUGCCAACGACUGCGGCGCGCUGAAGGCAGCCGAUAUGGGUAUUUCCCUGUCCGAGGCCGAGGCAUCUGUUGCCGCGCCAUUUACCUCGACACGCCCCGACAUUUCGUGUGUGAUUGAGGUCAUCAAGGAGGGCCGCGCGGCGCUGGUCACGAGCUUCAGUUGCUUCAAGUACAUGGCGCUGUACAGUCUUAUCCAGUUCACCAGCAUCACGAUCCUGUACAAUCUGGCAAGCUCGUUGGGCGACUUCCAGUUCCUCUACAUCGACCUGUUCAUGAUCCUGCCAGUGGCCGUGGCCAUGGCGCGCACGCGGCCGUACCCGACGCUGCACACCAAGCGGCCAACAGCGAACCUCGUGUCGAAGAAAGUGCUGCUCUCCAUGCUUGGCCAAGUGAUUAUUUGCUCACUGUUCCAGGCCCUGACCUUUUGGCUCACGCGGCGUCAGCCAUGGUACGAGCCGCCGUCGGUGAAUCCGGAUGAGCUGAAUGUGGUCAGUGCAGAGAACUCGGCGUUAUUCCUCGUAUCAUCGUUCCAGUACCUGACGGUGGCUGCCGUCUUCAGUGUGGGGCCGCCGUUCCGCCAGCCCAUGUAUACCAAUCCGAUGCUCGUGGGCUCACUCACGGUCCUCAGCCUGUUCUCGCUCUUUUUCCUGUUUGUGCGCUCAGGCUUCUUCUUCGAGCUGAUGGGUCUCGUUCACUUCCCCGCCAUUUUCCACUGGCAGCUGCUAGCGCUGGUCGUACUCAACACGGCGGCUUGCUUCCUAUUUGAGUCGUACCUUACGUCGCCCACGCUGCAACUCAUCAAGUGGCUCCAGCGCAUCCACCGCGGGAAGCGCCACGACAAACUACGCAAGCCCCACCAAAAGACGUACAAGGCCGUGCUGCUGUCCAUGAAUGACCCUGCUGUGGCCUAA